UGGCAGCGCCUGGGAGAAGCAGCGAGAGGCCCCUGCUCGGGGUGCCGGCACUGCCCAUGGGCGGCAGGCUUGCCUGGGGGACGGGUCCCCACCCCUCCCACAAGAAGCGCUCACUCUGGGUCCCUGGGAGCCCCUUCUUCGCCCUGGUGCUGUUGGGUUCCAUCAAGCAAGUUACAGGAUCUCUCCUAGAGGAGACAACUCGGAAGUGGGCUCAGUACAAGGAGAAGUGUCUGAGAGACUUACUCAAGGAGCCUUCUGGCAUAUUUUGUAAUGGAACAUUCGAUCGAUAUGUGUGCUGGCCUCAUUCUUCUCCUGGAAAUGUCUCUGUUCCCUGCCCUUCAUACUUACCUUGGUGGAAUGAAGAGAGCUCAGGAAGGGCCUACAGACACUGCUUGGCUCGGGGAACUUGGCAGACACGAGAAAACUCCACAAAUAUUUGGCAGGAUGACUCUGAAUGCUCCGAGAACCACAGCUUCAAAGAAAAUGUGGAUCACUAUGCCUUGCUGUCCACCUUGCAGCUGAUGUACACCGUGGGAUACUCCCUCUCUCUUAUCUCCCUCUUCCUGGCUCUCACCCUCUUCCUGUUUCUUCGAAAGCUGCACUGCACACGCAACUACAUCCACAUGAACUUGUUUGCUUCGUUCAUCCUAAGAGCCCUCGCAGUGUUGGUGAAAGACAUCGUGUUCCACAACUCUUACUCCAAGAGGCCUGACAGUGAGAAGGGGUGGAUGUCCUACCAGUCUGAGAUGUCCCCCUCCUGCCGCUUAGUCCAAGUCCUCCUGCAUUACUUCGUGGGUGCCAACCACUUGUGGCUCCUGGUUGAAGGCCUUUACCUCCACGCGCUGCUGGAGCCCACGGUGCUUCCUGAAAGGCGGCUGUGGCCCAGAUACCUGGUGGUGGGUUGGGCUUUCCCCGUGCUCUUUGUGGUGCCCUGGGGGAUCGCCCGCGCACACCUCGAGAAUGAAGGGUGCUGGGCAAAAAAUGAGAAUAAGGAAAUCUGGUGGAUUAUCCGGGGACCCAUGCUGCUUUGUGUAACAGUCAAUUUCUUCAUCUUCUUGAAAAUUCUCAAGCUUCUCAUUUCUAAACUUAAAGCCCAUCAAAUGUGCUUCAGAGACUAUAAAUACAGAUUGGCAAAAUCAACGCUGCUCCUCAUUCCUUUAUUGGGUGUUCAUGAGAUCAUCUUUUCUUUUAUCACUGAUGACCAAGUUCAAGGACAUUCGAGACGUGUACGUCUCUUCAUUCAGCUGGCACUGAGCUCCUUUCAUGGAUUCCUCGUGGCCUUGCAGUAUGGCUUCGCCAAUGGAGAGGUGAAGGCUGAGUUGCGGAAGUUCUGGGGCCGCUUCUUGCUAGCCCGCCACUCAGGCUGCCUGGCAUGGGUCCUGGGGAAGAACUUCCAGUUCCUGGGGAAAUGUCCCAAGAAGCUCUCAGAGGGAGAUGGUGCUGAGACUCUUCAGAAGUUGCAGUCCUCAUCUGACAGCUCAAACUUGAGCACACGGAGCCUGGGGGAGCUGGGCACCCAGCCCAACCGGGGUCAUGCAGCCUGGCCCCGCGGCAGCAGCCUCUCUGAGAGCAGUGAGGGGGACUUCACCCUAGCCAACACCAUGGAGGAGAUUCUGGAAGAAAGUGAGAUCUAA